GACCUCGGCCUGAUGAUCGUGGACGAGGAGCAGCACUUCGGCGUGAAGCAGAAGGAGCGGCUGAAGCAGCUCCGCGCCGAGGUACACGUGCUGACGCUGACCGCGACGCCGAUCCCGCGCACCCUUCAGCUCGCGCUGGCCGGCGUGAAGGAGAUGAGCCUGAUCGCGAUCCUGCGCGAGUACCACCGCGGCGGCCAGAGCUUCUACGUCUGCCCGCGGGUCGAGGACCUGGAGGAGCUGGAGGAACGGCUCGCCAAGCUGGUGCCGGAGGUCAAGGUCGCGGUCGCGCAUGGGCGCAUGGCGCCGAGCCGGCUGGAAGAGACCAUGACCGCCUUCAUCGACCGCAAGUACGACGUGCUGCUGUCGACCAACAUCGUGGAAUCCGGCCUCGACAUCCCGACCGCGAACACCAUGGUGAUCCACCGCGCCGACAUGUUCGGGCUGGCCCAGCUCUACCAGCUUCGCGGCCGGAUCGGGCGCGGCAAGCAGCGCGGCUAUGCCUACCUGACCCUGCCGCCGGGGCGCAUUCUCUCCAGCUCGGCCGAAAAGCGUCUGCACGUCAUGCAGACGCUGGACACCCUGGGCGCCGGCUUCACCCUGGCCAGCCACGACAUGGACAUCCGCGGCGAGGCGGUGGCGGCGGCGCGCGAGCGCAGCGGCGACGGCGCGGGCGAAGCGCAGGCGGGCGGGGAGACCUGGACGCCGCAGAUCAACCUGGGCACCGCGGUGCUGAUCCCCGAGAGCUACGUGCGCGACCUGCACGUCCGCCUGGGGCUCUACCGGCGUCUCUCGCAGCUCGUCGACAAGGCCGAGAUCGACGCCUUCGCGGCCGAGCUGGUCGACCGCUUCGGACCGCUGCCGGAAGAGGUGCAGAACCUGCUCGACGUGAUCGCCAUCAAGCGACUGUGCCGCGAUGCCGGGGUCGAGAAGGUGGACGCCGGGCCGAAGGGAGCGGUGGUCGCCUUCCGUGGCGACGAGUUCCCCAAUCCGCAGGGGCUGGUGCGGUUCAUCCAGGCCCAGGCCGGCACGGUGAAGCUGCGGCCCGACCACAAGCUGGUCUACAAGCGGGCCUGGGAGUCGCCGGCCCAGCGGAUGCGCGGCGUGCGCCGUCUGCUCGAGGCGCUGGGCAAGGCGGCGGCCAGCAAGGUCGUUGCCGAGCUGGGCGAGCUCGCCGCUGACGUCCGGCGACCAGCGAUUGAUCACCGCCUGGAUGUGGCCGACCAUGGCCUGGGCUGCGGCCUCCGGAUCGCCGCCGCCGACCGCGGCGAGCAGCUCGCGGUGCUGCACCGAGCCGCGCUUGAAGCCGGGCUCGUCCACCCGCAAGGGCUCCUUGCCGGCGCCGAAGGUGUGGCGGUGGAUGUGCAGCAUGCAGCGCAAAAGGAUCGGCUCCAGCGCGCCCAGGCCGGCGGCGCGGAAGAUGGUCAGGUGGAAGGCGCGGUCAAGCUCGGCCAGGGCGUAGGCAUCGCCGACCGACUCCGCCUCGGCCAUGCGCUGCACCACCUCCUCCAGCGCUGUCCGUUCCGCCGGGCCGAGAUGCGGGACCGCCCGGCGCACCCCGUCGACUUCCAGAGCCAGGCGGAUGCGCGCCAUCUGGGCGGCCUCCUCCGGCGUGGUGGUCGACACGAAGGUGCCCUGGUAGCCGUGCCGGCUGACCAGUCCCUCCUGCUGCAGGCGCAGCAGCGCCUCGCGCACCGUGCCCUGACUGCAGUUCAUCGCGCCGGCGAUCUGCUGUUCGAGCAGCGCCUCGCCGGCGCCGAUCGCGUUCAGCAGGAUGGCCCGGCGGACCGCAUGGUACACCGCCUCGCCCUUGCUGCGCGGCGGCACCGCGGCCCCGGUCUGAUUAAUAUCGAUAAUGAUAUUCUCUCCGCUUCGGUCAAGCAAUCCGGUGCCCUCAAUGCGCCGGGGCGGCCAAGCCACCCUCCGAACGCAUGGGUGUGUAAUGCGCGUUAUCCUGGCAGCCUGCGCUGUCGUCAUCGGAACGGCGGCGCGAUGAGCGCCGCGCUGCUCGAGGUCGACGACCUGGUCGUCGAGUUCAAGACGGCCGCCGGUUGGGUGCGCGCCGUCGACCGCGUGUCCUGGGACGUGGCGCCGGGCGAGAUUCACGCCGUGGUGGGGGAGUCCGGCUCCGGCAAGUCGGUCACCGCCCUGUCCAUCCUGCGCCUGCUGCCGACGCCGCCGGCGCGCAUCGCCCAGGGCGCCAUCCGCUUUGACGGCGCCGACCUGCUCAAGGUCGACGAGGCGGCGAUCCGCGAGAUCCGCGGCGGGCGCAUCGGCAUGGUUUUUCAGGAGCCGAUGACCAGCCUCAACCCGGUGCUCUCGAUCGGCCGCCAGCUCACCGAGGGCAUUCGCGCCCACCUCGGCCUCGACCGCCGCGCCGCCCGUGCCCGCGCCAUAGAGCUGCUGGAGCUGGUCGGCAUCUCCGAGCCGGCGCAGAUCCUCGAACUGCUGCAGGAUCUCUGCCGCCGGCUCGGCGUCGCGCUGGUGAUCAUCACCCACAACCUGGGCAUCGUCGCGCGCUAUGCUGACCGGGUGACCGUGAUGUACGCCGGCGGCGUGGUGGAGGAGGGCAGCGCCGACGACGUCUACCAUCGCAGCGCCCAUCCCUACACCGUCGGGCUGCUCAACUCGGUGCCGCGGCUCGACCGGCCGCGCGGCCUGCCGCUGGAGCCGAUCCCCGGCAACCCGCCGGACAUCCUCAACCGCCCGGCCGGCUGCCAGUUCCGGCCGCGCUGCGGCUAUGCCCGGCCGCACUGCGCCGAGGCCGCGCCGCCAUUGGAGCGGGUCGGCGUGCUGGCCGACGCGCCGACGCUCGUCCACCGCAGCGCCUGCUUCGAAAGCGCGCGCCUGCUCGCGGCCGGCCCCUCGGACGAGGUGCUGGUCGAGCUGCGCGGCCUCAAGAAGCACUUCCCGGUCAAGCGCGGCCUGCUGUUCGAGCGCACCGUCGGCGCGGUCAAGGCGGUCGACGGGGUCAGCCUCUCGAUCCGCCGCGGCGAGACCCUCGGCCUGGUCGGCGAAAGCGGCUGUGGCAAGAGCACCAUCGGCCGCUGCCUGCUGCGCCUGGAGACCCCGAGCGCCGGCGAGAUCCGCUUUGCCGGCCAGGACGUGGCCAAGCUCGACAAGGCCGGCCUGCGCGACUUCCGUCGCCGCGUCCAGGCGGUCUUUCAGGACCCCUUCAGCUCGCUCAACCCGCGCAUGACGGUGGAGGAGAUUAUCUCCGAGCCGCUGCUGGUGCACGGCGUUUCCGGCGACCGCGCGGCGGCGGUGCGCGGGCUGCUGGACACCGUCGGGCUGCCGGCGCGGCUGGCCGACCACUAUCCGCACGAGAUGAGCGGCGGCCAGCGCCAGCGCGUCGGCAUCGCCCGGGCGCUGGCGCUGAAGCCGGAAUUCAUCGUCUGCGACGAGGCGGUCUCGGCGCUCGACGUGUCGAUCCAGGCGCAGAUCAUCCGCCUGCUGGAGGAUCUGCGCGCCGAGUUCGGGCUGACCUACCUCUUCAUCGGCCACGACCUUUCGGUGGUGCGCCACAUCUGCCACCGGGUCGCGGUGAUGUACCUGGGCAACCUGGUCGAGCUGGCCGACACCGACGCGCUGUUCGACAACCCGCAGCAUCCCUAUACCCAGGCGCUGCUCUCGGCGGUGCCGGUGCCCGACCCCGAGCUGGAGCGGGCCCGUGCCCACCGCGUCGCCGGCGGCGAGAUCCCCAGCCCGAUGAACCCGCCGUCCGGCUGCGCGCCAAAUCGGUCCGGGCCACACGGCCGCCUGCCUGAAGGAGGCUUGAAGACCAUGGUGCGCAAGACCCCGUCCCUCGAUCCCACCACCGAUCCGGCCACCCGCGCGCGCGUCGAGCGCGAGCUGCGCGAGGCCUACGACUUCGACCGGCGCGAUCCGCUGUUCGGCCUGUCGCGCGAGGCGCUGCGCGGGCCGCGUCUGGAGCGGCGCAGCGUGCUGCGCCUGCUGGCGGCGGCCGGGACCCUGAGCGCCUGGCACCUGCUGCCGGGCAGCCUGGGCGGCGCGGCCCCGGCGGCGGCCCAGAGCGGCGGCACGCUGCGCUGCGGCUGGUCCGGCGUCGGCGAGAUCGUCACCCUGGACCCGGCCCAGAUCAACCAG